UCCAACGAUCACCAAGGAAACUGAAGGAAACUGAACGAUGGUCGAGUAUGGUGUUCUUUAUCGUUGACACUCUCUCGUCGUACGCGGGGAAGAACUUUUAUACAUGUAUAUUCUACACACUCUCACCCUCGUUUCUAAUGGAUUUAACGCGAUAAUUUAACCGCGGCUUGAUAGAAUUUUUAUCGGUAUGCAGCGGACGUCGAUGUUACCUUGUCUUCCAGGUUUCAGCUUUGACAAGAACCUCGGCAGGACGAAAUUUCAUAAAAGCCAUCACUUCGCCAAGAUACACGAUGGGGUUUAUUAUUUAGCCGAGAAGGCGGACACGACCGUUCACAGCCGUUAUCCGGCCAUGUAUCCCCCAGGGGAGGCGCAGGAAAUUCCUUCGUGGCUCGCGUACGACGGCCAAAGACUCAUGUUCAAGGCGUUUUUCCGAGAAACCGUGCAGGACAGGUGGAAAAUAACCUAUCAAAUCCGCUUGGUGAAAAUCAGUUUCUUCCUGGAGGAUGGAACGAUGAAAAUCGUGGAGCCGGCAGUGGACAAUAGUGGACUUGAGCAAGGGGUCUUGGUCAAACGUCAAAGAAUACCAGUGCCCGAUCCGGUGAAGUACAGAUACUACGACAUACUCGAUUUGAACGUCGGCAAGGAGCCCGAGAUCUACGGACGUGUGUACAAAAUCGUAGACUGCGAUAAAUUCACGAGGCAAUUCCUCAAUCGCAUGGGAAUUCCGGUGCCCGAUCCCGUUGAUCUACCGAAGGACCCGAGUUCUGAGACUCAGAAAGUCGAGUCUUUUCCGAGGCAACCCAGUCGCAGGACGGACACCCUCGGUAGCUUCUUGAAGUACGACAAACAAGUGCUGCGAUUUUACGGUUAUUGGGAUGACACCGAGAACUUAUACGGGAUUGUCCACGAUCUCGAGCUGCAUUAUUAUCUCGCCGAUAAUACGAUGGAUAUCAAAGAGAACGUGGAGCAGAACACGGGCCGUGACUCGGGGCCCAUGUUCGUUAAGAGGAUGAAAAUACCGAAAUUUUUCACCGAGCUGCAGCCAAUCGGCGCGGAGGAUCCCUUCACGGUUCUGAACGUUUUGAGCGAAAAUAGGAUGCGAAGCUAUUACAUACCCGAUCCUUUGAACACCGGCAAGGUGUCGGUCGACUGUUACAGGGAUAACGAUUUGUGCAUCGGGGCGCAGAUCGACGUUUUCGGCAGAAGGAUCGUCAUUACCGAUAUGGACCCCUUCACGAAGGAAUAUUAUCGGACGAUGUACGGUUUGGAAGAUUUUACGCCUUUACCGCAACCUGGGAGGGACCAGCUGGGCCAGCAGGUGGAAAGAUACAUACCGCCGUACAACGGCUUCGGGUCCUACGAGGACUCCCUCGGAAAUUGCUUCAUGAUGAUUCCGAAACCACCCAAGCCGGACUUCGUCAAGUUUAUGCGCCACGACAGACAAGGGUUCAACAGCCACGUAUUGAGAUUCCGGGCUAGGAUGAUAUCGAAAAUCCCGGCUAACGAAGAGAGGCAAUUCAUCAUAAGGGUGUUCCUCAUGGACGACACGAUAUCCAUUUUCGAGUUGGCGAAACGAAACUCAGGCUUCCUAAGGUCCCCAUUUAAAAAGCGGAUGCCGGUAAAGCUGCCGGGUCAGGAUGUCUUCACGAGCAAGAAACCGGAGUAUUACAGGCCGCAAGAUUUUUACGUAGGCGCGCGCGUCAACCUGCUUAACUUCCUCUUCAAAAUCACGUCCGCGGAUAUUUACGCCCUUCGUUACAUGGAAUUACACUGCGACAAGUUCCCACGAGCGAACAGGAAGUUGAUAAUGAAGAAACUUAGGGAGGGUUUACAGCCGGUCUACGACGAAUUCAUUCAGACGUAUGCUCCGCCCAAGGACGAGGCGGAGGAUAACAUUCAGGUGGUGGAAUACGACAGGUUUAAGGAAGCGAUAGAACGAUUUAUGGGUGACGAGAUAACGGAACACGAAAUGAUCACGAUCGCACGGUAUUACUCGUCUCACGAGAAAAUAGAACACCGGACGCGCGAAUACGUGAGAAAUUUGCUGCACACGGAACUGGAGCGAUUUCUGUGGAACAAUCUCGAUCGCUUGCAAGAGGAUCUGCAUCACUGGGACAGAAACAGAACGGGAUACUUGCCGCGCGAAUCCUUGUAUACGAUCCUGCGCGGCUGCAGGAUCCCCGUCGACGUGGAGUUACUGAAUUCAAUGCUGGACCAUUUGCGCAAAGCUGAGGACGGCAAGCUCGAUUACAACGACCUGCUGCAAUUCAUGAACCCGAAGAUCGACCCUCUACCACUAAUCGUGCCUGUAAAUAUAAAGACGGCGCUCUGGUGGGCAUCCGAGAAAGAGCCGGAUUGCGGCGCUGGAAUAAACUGGAACGAAUUCGUGAAGGACCUGGACAUAGGGGCAGAGGGGAACGCGACCGAGCGGGUGGGCGGAGAGGCGGAGGUGAAGCGGCUCGCGCCGAAGGAAAAUUGAAUGUAUUCAGCGGCCGGCGCGAACGUACCGCAAUUCCCGCGGCGUCUAAUCAUUUCCUCAUGGUAAUUAUAAGUUGUACCCGCGUUAAUAUCCCGGAUUCGCCGCGGAUACUUUAUACGCGACAGCGGAGCUUAUCGUUAUCGGCUUUGCGGGCAGCCCUCGGCGGCAACGAAGCGAUGCUCGCCGCGCGCGCGUCGUACGCGCCGAGCAGCGCCUUAAAAAAAAAAAAA